GGUCGGGGGAGGGGUGCCAACAUGGCAGCCGUGAGGCGAGGGAUGGGAAGAACUUCAUCAAUUCAAUCAUCUCUUUCUUUACAGAUUCUGUUUUAUGCAAAUGGCAUUUAUUACAUCUUCUACUUCUUGGCAACUCUUGCAAUGAUUGUUUAUAAAAGUCAAGUUUACAGUUACCCAGAUAGUUUUUUGGCUUCUGAUCUUGCGCUACUGUUUAUUAUGGCCAUUCUUGAAGCACUCCGAUUGUAUUUGGGUUCAAAGGGGAACCUGACAGAAGAAGAGGCUCCGUUGGGGCUCAGCCUCGUGCUCACAGUGGGCAGCGCCCUUCUCUGCGUCUACUUCCUGCUGUGGCAGACUUACGUGCUCAAAGCAGAUGUCAUCCUGAGUGCUGUUCUUCUCUUUACCUAUGGUCUUGAGUCAGUGCUCGACAUUGUAGCCAUUGCUGCUUUUGUCAGUUAGAUCUCUGCCUCAUCUGACAUAACACAUUUUUUUCUCUAGGUAUUUUUUAAUAUAUUAGCAGUGUUUUGUUGUUUCCAUAUCAAGAUCACAUAGAUCUUUCCCUUGUUAAAAUUACAAGCUUUUUUUUUGGCAGAGGCCUCCCUGAAUAGAUAGAUAAAACAUCACAUAGAGUUUCUCUGUAACACCAUCUCCUCAAUCAGCAUUCGGGCAAAGGCCAAAGAUGAUUCAGCAAAAAGCCCUGAGAAUCAUCGAGCUUAAUGCUGCAUUAGUUGUUAGGGACCUAUAUUAAAUAUUAAUUCCUAACACAGACCAAAUAGCAGCCAGUGUGUCAUAUAGCUUUAUGCCUUGGAGAUUACAUUAGUUCUACUGGUAGUGCAGCAAUUUCUGCCUUACACUCCAGUGUCUGAGGCCACAAUUCUGUUUCAUUUUACCUCGUCUGCUCUCAUUUGCGCUUCAGACCCCAAUUUCCCUGACUUUAGUAGGGCAAUAGCUGAUUUAUCCUGGGGGAGAUGCUUGAAUUUGGGGCAGUU